AUGCGGCGAUUUCUACUGCUUUGCGUCGACUUUGAUGAGACCAUCACGCGACGCGACACGAUCUCGCUGCUCCUGCAGCUGUCCUCGUGCUCGGCAAUGUGUCAGCAGCAGCUCGUCACGCAGUAUGUGGACGAGAUGAGCGAGUUUCUCGAGGCCUACAAUGCCAAGUGGGAGUUGUGUACCAGCGUGACUCGAGGUGUCGAUGCGGUGGGGUUACACGCGUUUCUAAAGGGGUACGCUGCAACGGACCUGCGCUCGCUGGAGCGAGUCGUCAAGAGUCGAGCGCUGGAGGGCAUUUGUCAUUGCGAUGUCGCACAGGCUGCGAGUACAGUGCCGAUCCGACCGCAUUGUGCCGAGACGCUCGCAGCUGUGGACGAGUGGACGGUCAUUUCUGCCAACUGGAGCACCCGUCUCGUGUCUUCCGUGUUGACGCAAUCGGGCAUUUCUAUCGCUCCUUUGGACACGGCGGCUAUCGUGGGCAAUGAAAUGCACGUGGAUGCCCACGGCGUGACGACUGGAGCGAUCGACGUGAAGGUGCAAUCUCCUGCAGAUAAAGCACGCUGUGUCAAGGCAGCGCGGUUGAAGCGUGCAGAGAUGCAACCGACCGUCAUGUACGUCGGGGACAGCGCAAACGAUGUGCUGGCUAUGCUUGAAGCGGAUGUGGGCGUUUGGCUCGUUGUCGACAGCACGUCAUCAUCGUCUUUGCUCGGUCGACUGCUGAGAGCUUAUCGCAUUGACGUCCGACCACUGAUGACCUGCAGCUCGAUCGCAGAGUGUGUUGCGACGACGUCACGCAGACCGACGGUGUUUACGAUGACGGACUGGGCGCAGCUGAAGGAGCUUGUGGAGAAAGCGCAUUCGGAAUAG